AUGGCUGAUCCAAAGUUGUUGUUUGUGUAUACCUUGAUGUUAUUAUAUUUAUUCUACUAUGGAGCCGGUAGCAUGGAGUAUAAAGUGAUUAAUGAUGUCCCCAAAACCCCCGGGAGCAUCAGAUAUACUAACGAGAUUGGUAUUCCUUACACAAAAGAAUUAUUACCUAAAGUCACAAACUUCAUUUGGUCUACUAUCUUCCAACAAAACAACCCAGCAGAUCGAAAAAACUUUAACGUUAUACAAGUGCUCAUAACUAAGCUCCAGAAAGUACCUGCAGGUGUAGUAGCCGUGACGAUAGGAAACCAAAUGAAUAUUAGUUCCGAUGUUAUACAAGAAUAUAAAGGAGACGUGAAAUGGUACUUCACCACUACUGUGUACCACGAAGCAACCCAUAUUUUUCAAUGGACUGGGGAGGGUAAAUGCCCCCGUGGUUUGGUGGAAGGCAUAGCGGAAUAUACGCAAAUCAAAGCCAACUAUGUCCCACCUACAGGCUAUACAAAGCCCGGAGAUGGGAAUAGUUGGGACCAAGGUUAUUCUUUCACAGCUCGUUUUCUCGAAUAUUGUGAUGGGCUUGUUCCAGGGUUUGUGGCAAAGCUUAACAACAAGAUGAAAAACACUUAUGAUGUUUCGUUCUUCAAAGAAUUAACUGGGAAACCUGUGGAACAACUUUGGACGGAAUACAAGGCCAAGUACGGGAAAAAGAAUUAUUAA